AUGCUUGGUGACAAUGGUCUUCCUAAUUUUCCCGUAGUAAAACGUCUUAUCCUCGGUAUUAUUUCGACUUCUGUUCUUGUCGGAAUAUUUGAGCUGAAAAGUUAUCUUCACAUAAACUUCCGUUUACAUUUCAUUAAGUAUCACCAAUAUUGGCGACUUUUGUUAUGGCAGGCUGCGUACUGGAAUUCCUCUGAAGUGUUCAAUGCCAUGUUUAUUCUGUACCAAUCGCGAGACGUCGAGAAGAUAUUUGGGUCUGCCAAGUUUGCAUCUUACUGCAUUCUCGCGUGCGUCACUGGUGCUAUUAUGACUCCUGUAGUAGCAUCUUUGACCCUUGUGCCUUUAGGAGUACUCGAACAAAUUCGUCCCGGUCCAACAUUCAUGGUGUUUGCUGUACUAUACCAAUAUUUCCGCAUAGUACCAUCGACAGUUGUUGUUCAUAUGCUGGGUUUAAACAUUUCCGACAAGCUGGCCUUGUACCCUUCGGCAAUUGGAUUAGCGCUUGCGUAUCCCUCUUCAACACUGUUGAACGCCUUUCUCGGAUGGAGCUUUGGUAUGCUCUGGUCGCAAGGAUUGGUGCUUGGCCAUCAAUGGAGAUUGUCAGCAUGGAUUACAGAUAAAUUUGUUGCCAAGCCACAUGCAUACGUUCGUCCCAUAAACACAAUAGAGUCGCAGGCGGCCCCGGCUCCUAAUCCAUCAGCUACUGGCGUUGCUUUUGCCAAUCGCACACCCAGUGCUAACGAACCCGCUAGAGGCCCGGGUUCAUUCUUCUCCGGUAAUGCAACUGCAGCUCCUGGAGCUGCAUCUUUUGAUCAGUCUGUAGAAGCCUUACAACAGAUCAUGCAAGUAUCUCGCGAAGAAGCCACGAGAGCUCUGCAGCGAGCAGGCGAUCUCCAUGGAGCUGUUCUCGAUUUGCUGAAUGAACGGAACGCAUGA